GUUGUAGGGGGCAUAAUCUUGUCGAACAAUUGAUAUUUUAAAACAUGUGAAAACUCUAUAACCUACAUUUAAAACCCUAUAAAAUGCUAGGUCUAUUUCUUUUGUGGUAAUACUCGAUGGAUAGUUACUUUUUGUGGAUUGGUAUCUCAUAUUAUUAUCAUGGGCACAUAUAGAAAUUAUAUGAAAUUAUUAGAAUCUUGGCCCCUAGAUAAUUCAAAACCUGGCAGAGACUUAGCUCAACAUAUUCGUGAUCAAUUAAAACUUGCUUUUGCAAAGGGUGAAGCUAGUGAAGUAAACCGUGAACAAUGUGAUCGUUAUUAUAUGAUUUUAAAAAAAAUUUCUACCAAUCAUUAUGGGCAGAUGUAUAAUCGUACGCUUUCAAGCACUGCUACUGGAUUAACAAAAGAUCAGUGUAAUUUAAUGCUUACCCCAGAAGCAUUAGAAUAUUAUUCAGAAGAAAGAAGAAACGUUUUUACGAAUACAUUUUUAAGAUUAUUUAAAAAUGUUGUUAAAAAAUAAGUUGAUAAAUAAUAUAAUUCAUGUACAUAAAUAUUAUAGUACGAAAUAUUUUAAUAAAAAUGUACAUUAUUUAUUUUGGAGACAAAGUGACACAACAGAUUUAGAAAAUAGUAGAAGAUAUAGCGAAAUAGCAAACAAAACUGAUCAUGAUAUUGACAAUGUAUCUCAUAUACCAGUUAUGGUUAAUGAAGUAUUACAUUAUUUGGAGCCAUCUCCAGGAAAAGUUUUUGUGGAUAUGACAUUUGGGGCUGGUGGACAUUCUAAAAGAAUCUUGGAAUCUUCAUCUGACGUCAAAAUAUUUGCCUUGGAUAGAGAUCCUAUUGCACACCAGCAUGCACAAAUUUUGUCAGAGAAAUAUCCUGGACAAGUAAUACCUUUACUGGGUAGAUUUUCUGAAUUGCCACAGCUGCUUUGUAAAUAUAAAGUAAAUGUAAAUAGUAUAGAUGGCUUCUUGUUUGAUUUUGGUUGUUCAUCCAUGCAAUUUGAUGUUGCUGAAAGAGGAUUUUCUGUGUCAAAAAAUGGUCCUUUAGAUAUGAGAAUGGAUGGUUUUAGAUGUCCACAAGAACCUACAGCUGCUGAAGUUCUAGAGCAAGUAACAGAACAUGACUUGGCUAAAAUUUUAAAAAUUUAUGGUAAUGAAAAGAAAGCUAAAAAAAUUGCACGUGCCAUUAUAGAAGCUCGCUAUACUUUUAGGAAUCUAAAAACUACGCAAGAAUUAGCUCAACUUAUUGAUUCUGUAGUUUCUGAAAAGAGAGUUGAUCAACUUGGUAGACAUGCUCAUUGUGCAACAAAAACAUUUCAAGCACUAAGAAUUUUCGUAAAUAAUGAAUUAAAUGAGAUUAACUAUGGUAUUGUUAUGGCUGGAAUAUAUCUAAAACUAAAUGGUCGUUUAAUAACUAUAUCUUUUCAUUCUCUGGAAGACACAAUUGUUAAAAGACACAUGACAGCAAAUAUAACAGAAACUGUAUCUAAUAUAAAAUCAUUAAAAUAUUCAGAUUAUGGCAAAUAUUACAGUUCAUAUGAAAUGGAAGCUUUCAACCGUACACUUUGGAAAAUGUUGCAUAAACAUGUAAUAAUACCUACACCAGAAGAAAUAGAUAAAAAUCCACGUUCGCAUUCUGCAAAAUUUCGAGCUAUUGGUAAAAUAAUUUAAAUCAUUAGACUUUAGAGUUGAGAUUUUGAAUAUAAAUAAAUAUUUCCAUUUUUACUAUUUUUUCCAAUACAAAAGAAUAUUUAUUGUAUCUCUAAAAUAUAGAUACAUUGUAAUAUACAUGUAAAAAAAAAGAAAAAUAAAAAAAAUAAAAAAUUACAACUCAUCAAAAAUAUUGUAAUGAUUAAUACAAUGUUUACUUAUGUGAAAAUAUAUUAGGAGAACAUUUAUAACAUUAGAGACAUAACAUA